AUGGAGAACGGGGGCGGACUGGCGGACUGGCGGAGGCAAGGAGGAAGGCAAAGGCAGAAUGUCAGAAAGGAAUUUGCACCUGAGGCUCCGAAGAAAACACGUCGGGGAGGAAAAGAGGCUGGAGUGUGGCGUCGAGAGGCUCAACAGAUACGCCUGCGUACAAUACAGUACGGCCGUUAUCGCCCGCGGGGGCUGCAUCAAUACCAAUUUCGCCCAGAACGCUUUUCUGAUGAUGAGGAUUUGGUCCAAACAACCACCAGACACCGUAUAUUUGGAGGAAUGAUUGAGCUCGGGCUCGGCCGGAUUGCCAGUCUCCUACAGCAGACCCCUCUGUCAUGGCAGGCCAUCCAUAUCGCCGGAACUAAUGGCAAAGGCUCGAUCAGCGCUUGCCUUUCGCACCUGCUGGCGGCGGGCGGAGUCCGCUGCGGUCGCUUUACCUCCCCUCAUCUUAUCGACCGGUGGGAUUGCAUCACUAUCGACGAGCGAGUAGUGCAAGAGUCCCUCUUCCGACACAUCGAAGCCCAAGUCAAACUGCGCAAUAAAACACUGGGGAUUGGUGCCAGCGAAUUCGAAUUGCUGACGGCGACGGCCUUCGAGAUCUUCAACCAUGAACGAGUGGAAGUGGGAGUGGUCGAGGUUGGCAUGGGAGGCCGCCUGGAUGCUACAAAUAUUCUGAACAAUGUUCUGGUUUCCGUCAUUGCUAAAAUAGGACUGGAUCACCAGUCUUUGCUGGGAAACACCAUUGAGGAAAUCACUCGUGAAAAGGCUGGCAUACUGAAACCUGGGGUUCCCUGUGUGGUCGAUGGCACCAAUGCGCCGGAGGUGAUUAGCACUCUCGAACAGUACAUCAACGACCUGAACCUUAAUGCGAUGUUUGUCCACUCGGACGUUUCCGAUAUCCAAUCCCCGUUGCUUAGGCAAAUAUUCGAAAAGCUGGACCUUCAGCCUCAUCAGCAGGCGAAUAUGUGUUGUGCUGUGUCGGCACUUCAGUUGGCCAUGUCUAAACUUCGCCCAGAAGUCGACGUGGACACUUUAAUCCCACAUCUCGAUGGUGUAGAGUGGGCAGGACGUUUACAAAACAUUACCCUUGAGCCAUUGGUUGCCCGCAAAGAGCCCAUACUGCUUGACGGGGCUCAUAACUCACAGUCAGCCGAGGUGCUUGGGGCGUACGUGGAUCGCAAACUGCGCUCACCACAGAGUAACAUAACCUGGGUGAUUGCAGCAUCGCGUGGAAAGGACUUGACUGAACUGUUUCACUCGUUUAUCAAGCCUGGGGACAACGUUGCAACAACCGCCUUCGGACCUGUAGAUGGAAUGCCCUGGGUUAAAGCAGUCGACCCUCCAGAGCUUGCUACAUGUGUUCAGUCGAUCCUGGGGAUCGGCAAGGUGAAAGACUUCGACGGAGACCUUCUGGCUGCCAUCAAUUGGGCCUGCGAGCAGGCCAGCGGUGGCCCACUGGUCAUUGCCGGCAGUCUGUAUCUUGUAUCAGAUGUUCUCCGUCUCCUCCGCGAGGCACAGGCGGGAAAAGAAUCGCACGUCUCAUGA